UGUUUCUCCUCUCCGGGCUCUUACUGAUUGCUGUGUCAUAGGGCUGUCAUAUCUCUGGCUCUGCCACUGUGUCGCGUCUGUCUGGCUUGCUUUAGGCUCUACUGUGAGGACUUGCGCAGGGAGGGGAAGCCUUUUCUUUUUGUUUUUUUUCUGCUGUUUCAUUGUUCUUUGUAAAUCUUGCUUCUGCUUUCUUACCCACUGGCUUUUUUCUUUCUCUCUCUUUCGAUACAUACAUUGUUUUUGUCUCUUGUAAGUUACUGCCCCCCCCCCUUUUCUUUCUGUCUCUAUCUUUCUGCUCCCCUCCUCCCAUCUCUCCCUCUAUCUCUCCGUCUCUCCGUCUCCCUCUCUCUCUCUCUCCCCUUGCUGAGGGGCAGGUGUUGAGGGGAUGAGCGAGGCACAGGGCAGAUGGCACUCAGUGUGUAGUUAGGCAGUUGCUGGGAGCAGGGUGUUUUUCUCUGAGGAGUUUUCCAGGGCCCUGCCGCCAUGGGAUGCUGUAGUGUGACUCAGAGGCACACCGGGAUUGACGAUGUGGGGCCUGACGAGAUCGAGCUGCUAGAGAUUGACGGCACAGGGGUCUGGAACCUGGGAGAGAGUAGACAGUCUGUGCGUAAUGGCACCGGCCCGCCACCCCCACCAGUACGCUGUCCUUCGGUCAGACAACUCACGCAGGAGGAACCGAAGUCUGUGGAAACCAGAAUAUCGUGCAAUGAUGUCCAGAUACAUCAUGACAUCCAGACAGUGUUGUGGGGCUGGAGCAAGGAGGAGGUGCAUCACAGGAUAUACACGCAGCCAAUCAGAGAGUGGGAGGGACGGGCAGCACACUCAUAUGGGGACAUCAUCUACUCGUCCCUCGUGACGCUCCACAACACACACACAAAGGCAAUGGGCGAGCGAUACCUCGUGCUCUUCUCCUUCCAUCUACUGAUCUUAGCUCUGGACCACUCCCAUCACAAUUUCAUUUAUGAGGGCAUUCUCCCCCUCUCUGCUCUGGAGGUGCGUAUCAUAUCCCAGGAUCCCAGCGCCCCAUACAUGUUUGAGAUCAGUGGCCCCAUGAUGGACUCCAAGAUCUUUAUUUGUGCCAGUGGCACUGACAGGAAGAACUGGAUGGACAACAUUGAGGACAGGAGAUAUAAAUCCCUCAGGCAACAACUGAGCCCCUCGCAUAGUGCUCUGGCCUAUCUGCUGCCUUGCGAUGAGAUGUGGAAGAGAGAGGAGCUGAAGAGGUAUCUGCUCCGUGCUCCCAUCUGGCAGUGGGAGGGCACUUCCAUCCAGCACAUGGGCCUGCCAGUCUUCCUGUCUCUGGUGCACGUCACCAACUCACAGAAGCAGGUACCCCAAGAGCGACUUCUUGUCCUUUUUCCGCGGGACGUCCUCAUUCUUUCCGUGGACAGCCAGCGCGUCUGUGUGAAAUACGAGGGACGGUUACCACGGAGAAGCAUCCAGGCCUUGGAGAGGUCAGCUUUACCUGGCAAUCAGUUUGAGCUGUCAGGUGAGCUGAUGGAACCUCUGCAGGUGUCAUGUACCUAUCCAGAAGAUUACCAGACCUGGAUCUUUCAGUUACAGCAGCCUGACAAGGAGAUUCACACCUCACAGAUCUCCAACCAUUCUGCUCCACCACCCCUUAUUCCAAAGAAGCGCCGAAGCUGAACGAGAACACCAGACUGUGAACAACGCUGUCUUAAAGAGACUGAAUACACACACACAUACACACACACAAAAACAACAACAACAAAAGACUCUUGACCCUUUUCUCUACACCUAACUCAUUUCCAGUGAGGUUACAUAGCCUCUUUGUUUAAUAUUGUAUUUUUUGAUACAACAGAUGUACUGCUACUCCUUAUGGCAAGACACUCCAGUGCAGAGUGAAUGGCCUUAUAACUAUAAUGUGAGUUCUUCUAAUUCACAAAGGGGGGGGGGGGGGGGGGCUAGAAAGACACCUAAUAGAAGAGCCUUGCUGUAUAAAUCCACCAAGAAGGUGCACAUCGCGAUGACUGAUGUGAUGAAUUACUUUAAUUAGCUCUGCAUUCCUGGGCCACCGCAGUAGGGCAGGUUUUCUUCUUUAUCUUUUUCUUCACCACAGCUACUAAUCUGGAGUCUACCACCACUCUGAUUUAUCACUGUUGGAAGGUCGCCAAGACCACUCCUGAUUCCUGCUCUAUUUGUCACAAUAAAAGUCUUUCGAU